UCCUCCCGUUCAUGCACCAACAUCUGGUUUCUGGUUCUGCUCAUGGACUCUUUUCCUUCUUUAUUUUCGUCCUGAGCUCUGCGGGUUGUUUGGAGAGCAGUGGAAGCCCGCUGUGAGAAUAUCCAGAAGGGAGAUGCAGCUUCACGGACGGCUGGAUUCUACGUCUUGAAGGGAAUUUAAGGCUAAAAGUCAUGAAGUGAAUGUUGCAGUGACAGUUUAUCCAAUGAUUGAGGCCAGCACUCCGACCAUGUUGGACAGAACUGAACCAGCACACUGCACCGUGUGCUGCUGUACGCUGGCCAACAAAAUCCUCAUGGUGCUCUUCAUGGUGCUGCUCAUCUUUGCCAUCUUGUUUGGGAACUUGGUGACUCUGGCUGUGAUUCUAGGGACUAAACACUUCCACACGCCGCAGGGCUACCUGAAGGCAUCCCUCGCUGUGGCUGAUCUGGCGGUGGGGAUAUUCGUGGUGCCGCUGUCUGUCUACGCCGAGGUCUAUCUCAUGGUGACCGACUCGGCACCAGAAUGGACUUCAUACAACUCGCAGUCAGUGAGUUUCCACCCGUGCAACGUCAUCGGCCCCAUCUUUGCCGGGUGCACCUUGGUCUCCAUCACAACCAUUUUUCUGCUGACGAUCGAGAGGAGCAUUGCUGUGUUGCGGCCGUUGCACAAGGAUUCUGUGAUUACACGCAAAAGGACCACGAUCCUCAUCGUCCUCUCCUGGGUGGGGAGUUUCUUCUUGGCGGUGUCCCCGAUGAUUUUCAGCAGUGAGAUCGCUCUGGAGUACAACUCCUGCAGUAGGAUGUGUAAUUACGCUCUGGGGACCAUCGGCGAGUUCCCCAGCCAGGCCUGGAACAUCCUCCUCCUCUUCCCUGCGUUUGACUUCACCCUCCUGGGUGGAACUGUGGUCAUUAACAUCAUCUCUCUGUCCAGCAUCAGGCAGCACUCGAAGCGCAGGAAACACCUGGCGGAGAGCGAGUGCCAAAGCACCACCAAACCUACUUUCUCUGACAUCAAAGCAGCCAAAACAAUAGGGACUCUGACUGUGGCAUUUACAGCAUCAUUCACCCCUAUCGCUGUCUUCGUGGUCGGGAACGUUUUGGGGAACAAAUGGUGCAACUUUUCCUUUUUUGCCUUCUGGAUUUUGGCCACCAACAGUUGCUGGAAUGUCAUAAUUUACAGUGUGAGGGAUCAGAAGUUCAGACUUCGUGCACACAAGCUCCUCAUGCCUUUCCAGAGAAAAAACACAACCAAAACCUAAAUCAUUCAGGGACCAAAGACUACAGUUGAACCUGAGCAGGACUGCAUCAUUUAGAUGUUUGUUUGUCACACAAACUCUUUGUUCAACACAUUGUGAGUCUCGUUAAGAGACGCGUCUGCAUGUUUGGUUGAUUGCUGUGGUGAAAUGUUAUUUUUUUUUAAUAUACAUUACUAAGCAUGGAAAGUUUUCAGAUGUUGGAUAUUAAAUGUCCCUCUUUGUGGGCAUUUGUCUUGUUCUGUCUAACAUUGUGAUUACAGAAGCCUGUUUCAGUGGAAUGGU